AUGGCGUCCGUCCCCGCUAGAGCCGCGCAAUCGACCGCUCCAGCGAUCACGUCGAAAAUCGCUCGUUGCGCCCCCACGCGAGCGUCUCGCGUCCUCGCACGAGCGUCGUCUUCGUCGUCAUCGACGUCGUCGACGUCGUCGUCCAAAGAGCCGCUCGGCGUCGGUUUCUCCGCCGCCGGGUUCGUGUUUCCGCAGCUCGUCGGUUCGUGGGAGGUCUUAGUCGAGCUCGGGGUCAUGCGCGAGGACACGCCGGUGGCGGGCGCGUCCGCGGGCUCACUUGUCGCCGCUUUGCACGCGUGCGGAAAGACGCCCGCUGACGGCAAACGCAUCUUAUCCGAAGUUUUGGCGGACACGCGAGUGAACGGCGUGGUCGGGCGCGUGGGCGGCGUGCUGGAGAAGGCUCUGAGGGCGAAUCUCCCGACGGACGCGCACGUGACGUGCUCGCGAGGGAAUUUAUUCGUUUCGGUGUCGUCGCCACGGGUGGUGCAAGGCGAGCGUGGGAUAGAGUUUGGCCUGGACGGUGAGCUCGUGUCGUCGUUCGAGACGUACGACGAUUUGAUCGGGGCGCUCUUGGCGUCGUGUCACAUUCCGCUCUACUGCGGGUGGCCGGCAAGGCGAUACAGGGAUAAAUGGUGCGUCGACGGCGGUUGGCACAACUUGACGCCGAAGCCGCUCACCGCCGAGAAGAGCAUCCGUGUGUGUCCUUUUCCGCUCUUAGACGCGUGGCGCAAGGCACAACCCGGGGACGGGACGGAGACCGGUGAUGUCUUCGCGCAGCAGGCGUCGUUCUGGGCGGGAUGGGGAGACGACGAUGCGGCGGGACUUCUCAUCUCGCCUGACGCGGCAGGAGGACAACCGAGACCCGAGUGGGAUUACACGAAGGGCGACACGAUCAAGUACGCGUUCCUUCCCGGGAGCGACGAGAUACUCGAACAAAUGGUUGCCAUAGGUCGAGAAGAUGCGGAGCGCUGGGCAAAGACCGUUGGAUACGCGAAGAACUUCGUGGAAAUAGCUGUAAAUUAA